GUGCGGAGGGGCAUUCGAGGGAGGCCUUUCUCGCAGGUUUGCGUGCCGCUCCUCUCCCUUCCAGUCCCUUUCUAAGGUAGGCUCUAAUACGCAAGACAACACGCCUCCUUCUCAAGUGCCAAUGGAAAGGAAUGUACAGGUACGAUCAAGUAUCUGCUGGUCACCUCAGUCUGUAGCUCCAUGUUGGCAGCUGGGUGUGGCUAGUGCCCGCCAUCAUCACUUCCUUCCGUUCGAGCUCAGGCCGAAAAGUGGAGGAAGCUACGGCCGACCUCUCAUUGGUCCCAGCUUUCUCCCUCCCGUCCCUCCACGCUGCAUUUGUCUCCGCUGCUUUGGAACAACCGCGGUGGCAGCUGCAUUUGGGUUAAACUCAGGAUACCAGGCCAGCCAAACUCUAUCGAGAAGGGGAAUUAGGGGACCGCCAGAUUGCACACACAAAAUAGCAGUCGCGGCAGGUACAACUGUAGGGGAUGCGUUACAGUUUCAAUAGCGCAGCCAAGCCACUGAAUCAGCAUGGCGUCCCAUGUUGACGAACCUGCCCUCUUUUUCAUCCGUUUCCAGACAGGGUCGCCUCAGCCGUCGCAGCUGCCGACUGAUGUUUUAGCAAUUUUAUCGGGAUAACGCAGGUCCGUAGGUGCCGAUGGGAGAGAAGGAACUAAGUGGCCCUUCCCAUUCUUGUUACAAUGUGAUAGUCGUCCCUCGCCAACGAUUCUCGGCCUUUGUCUCUUCUA